AUGGAAUGGUUGAAUGACCCCCCAUUUUUACCUUUAACGAAACAAAAUAUAUCGGGAAAAAGUUCAAAAGAUUUAUUUGAAACGAACGAAGUAAAUUUAUUGAAUAGAACAAAAAGAGAAAUAGGAUGGCAAUCAUUUUUAUCUGGACCCUGCAUCAACAGCCAAGGAAAAUUAGGAAAAUGUACCAGUUUCAGAGCUUGUUACCCUUAUUUCAAGCUCCCUAAUUUAAAUAAUUGGGAAUCUUGGGUUUUGGGUAUUUAUGAUACCUGUAGUUAUUUUACUGAAACAGGUGAACAGGCUUUUGGAGUUUGCUGUACGAAUCCCAAUCCUGGUUUUCCAAAACCUCCCCCUUUUACUACUACUACCACGGAAAGAAUCACGACAACUAUUUCCACCACCACAUCGAAACCGGUAGAUUUUUCUACGAAUAAUCCGAUACCGCCUAAUUGGCCUCCUCCGAUUCCUACUCAUCCUCCGAACCAUACGGUGCCACCCUUGCCAACUCAUCCUCCGUCUCCGGGAUAUCCUCAUCCACCGACAUAUCCCGUAAGACCAACUCGACCGACGCAAAAACCCACAACUCAAAAACCGAUCCGUCCUACAUUUCCAACCCAAAAACCGAUUCGCCCCACAUUUCCACCCCAGAAACCGAUCCGACCGACUUUUCCGCCACAAAAACCCACUCGACCGCCUUUACCCCCCCAAAAACCCACUCGACCGACUUUCCCCCCACAAAAACCCACUCGACCGACCAUUCCGACCGCUCCACCGAUAACCACAAAACCGACCUUUCCGACCUUCCCGACUUUUCCGACCUUUCCACCGAUAACUACUCGACCGACCCUUCCGACCUUUCCCACCUUUCCACCUAUAACUACCCGACCGACCCUUCCGACCGUACCACCGAUAACUACCCGACCGACUACAAUAUGGCCUCCUACUUUUCCUCCGUCGAAGCCAAUAGAGCCUCCAUCAACGCCGGACAACGAAAUAAUCGAUGGAACUUGCGGUGCUAAAAAUGGUUACCAAGAUCAAGAAAGAAUCGUCGGAGGUCACACGGCAGAUUUGAACGAAUGGCCUUGGGCUGUUGCAUUAUUCAACAGCGGUAGACAAUUUUGUGGAGGUUCUCUUAUCGAUCACGAGCAUAUUUUAUCAGCAGCUCAUUGUGUGGCACAUAUGACUUCGUGGGACGUUGCUCGAAUGACGGUCAGGUUGGGUGAUCACAAUAUACGGAUAAACACAGAAACUAAACAUGUUGAAAAAAGAGUUAAAAGGGUGGUUCGUCACAGGGGAUUUGAUCCAAGAACUUUAUACAAUGAUGUUGCAGUUUUAACAUUAGAUUCCCCUGUGGCUUUCACUAAAAAUAUUCGUCCUAUUUGUUUACCUCAAGGAAGUCAAAAUUACGCUGGAUUACCCGCGACCGUUAUCGGAUGGGGAAGCCUACGUGAAAGCGGAAUACAACCGGCGGAACUUCAAGAAGUCAGUGUACCUAUAUGGACAAAUCAAGAUUGUAGAUUUAAAUAUGGUCCGGCUGCUCCAGGAGGAAUAGUUGAUCAUUUUUUAUGUGCGGGACAACCAAGUCGAGAUUCCUGCAGCGGAGACAGUGGAGGGCCGCUUAUGGUAAAUCAAGGUAAAUGGAUUCAAGUUGGUAUAGUUAGUUGGGGUAUAGGAUGUGGUAAAGGACAAUAUCCGGGAGUUUAUACCAGAGUCACUCAUUUUAUGUCUUGGAUUUUAAAAAAUCUUAAAUAA